AUGGCUGUAAAGAAGCAGAAGAAGUCGACGGAAAACAUCAAUGCACGACUUGCUAUGGUGAUGAAAAGUGGAAAGUAUUGCUUGGGAUAUAAACAGACAUUGAAAACGUUGAGGGCUGGUAAGGCUAAAUUGGUUAUUAUCGCCAAUAAUACGCCACCUCUCAGGAAAAGUGAAAUUGAAUAUUAUGCGAUGUUGGCUAAGACAGGUGUUCAUCAUUACAAUGGUAACAAUAUUGAAUUAGGUACAGCAUGCGGAAGAUUGUUUCGUGUUUGCACAUUAUCGAUUACAGAUGCUGGAGAUUCAGAUAUUAUUCGAAGCAUGCCAUCUGAAAAUGCUUAA